CAUAAAGCAGGUUUCACACACCUUAUUGCAGCGGGACUUGACAAAGUCACACUCAAAAGGCAUUUAGUAUUGAUAAACAAUGUAUAGCUAAUUGUGACUAGGAAGAAAUGGAAAGGUGGUGUUUAAAGGACCUUCUUUUAUUUUGCAGGCGGAGUACAGCCGGUUUUUCAAGACGACAGCAAGGGAACUUCACGAAGAUAACAAUUUUCACCUCUGAUAUUGAAGUCAUUGAAGAGCAAUGUCUCAUAAUCUUAAAAAGAUUGUGGCUGAGAAAAAGGAAGCAAUUGAAACUGUGAUGGAAAUGUUUGAGCAGGGCACUGAAGUUCUUGCCAGUGCUGUCGGAGAGAUAUUUCCGAUUUGUGAAGUAGCUUCACCAAUUCUGAGCCUUGUUCUAGACAACAUAGAGAGUAAGGAGGUGCAAUUUGUGAAGGCACAGUACCAAGUGGUCAGAGAUAAACUGGAUGUGAUAUCCAGUGAAAUUGAAAGUCUGAACCAAGAAAUUAAGAAAGCCAGAGUGGACAGCACUUUCUUUGUUGUGGAGGAGAACUUAAGAAAUCAGUUCAGGAAAUACAUGGACAUUUUAAAUGCCAAACCGCAGUACAAAGAGGUUAAGAAGAACCUUUUUUUAGAUCAUUUCAGUAAAUCUGGUGGUGAGAGAAACCUUCACACUCUGUAUGAUGCAGUCAUGGGAAACAAUACCUUUGGAGAAUCAAUCCUUUCCAUUACACUUACAUAUGAAGAGAAAAAUCGCAGACGUUUGGAAAACUUCAUUGUUUGCCUUAAAGAACUCUUUUGCAUUGGUAUAAUCUGUUUGCUUGGCCAUGCUGCCAUCACUGGCGGUGAAGAAGAAGAACUGAUUAAUGAUUGGAGCAAAAAAAUGGGAGAAGCAGAAUCCCAGAUGAAGUUGGUGUUAGAUGAAUGCAUUGAUGGUUUUGCCGAACAAGCACAGCUUGAUGUAGAGAAACUUGUCAAGGAAAAAGAUGAGAUGAAUUAUGAGGAGCUACCAAAAGAUAUACUUGAAUUCCUAAUGAAAAAAUAUGAUUGGAUCAAGUGGUCGGUCCGAGUAAAUAAACAUUCUGGAAGCAGCUUCAGCAACUGGAGAGCUGGAGAAAAAUAUCACUCAGUGACUGGACAACAUUGGUUUGACUUACCUCAGAUCAACAACACAAACGUCAUGGUGUCUUAUUCUGCAGACCCCCAACCUAUCAACAAGGACUGCAUUCGCCAAUUGAUGGAAGGGCAAUUCAGGAAAGAGAAGGCAUUGGCUGUGGCAGAAAAUAUUUGUGAGCAGUUGCCAGGGUGUGUUGUGCACACUGUCAGCCGCUACAAAGAAAUAUGGGCAUUGUGGAGCUUCCCCGAUGAGUGCCACUACUGGGAGCACCACAAAAAUGUCACACUUUGUGUCCAUUCUGAAUAGUAGUCACUUAAGGUAUUCUCUAGUUACUGCUUGGUGACCAUCUUCCUUGUCAGCACCACCAUAGGCCAUCAUUGUGUCUCUUUGGGCACUUUUUAAUAUUCUUAACUAUGGAAGUGCAUUACUGCAUUAAUAAAAGGAGUAAUAUGGAUUUUUACACAAAGUAUACUUGUAGAACCAUGUUGACUGUAAGGCUUAAAUUUAACUGUAUUUAAUGUUUCCUGUUAUGAAACAGAUAAUAAAAAUGAAUUAAUAGUCAACA